GAUUAGUUAUUCUAUAAAUAAUAAGAUGCCCAAACCUCAUUUUGUCGUAGCUAAACCGUACCUUUUGUGCCGUUUCACAAUCCAAACUCUCAUAAUACGUUUCCUAGCUAGUCUUUAUACUUUUAUACAUACUUUCCUUAAUACGUCCAUCAAAUAAUAAAUACUCGAUAAUUUUAGCAAAAAGUAAUUAAUAUUGUUAUAACCAUUAUUAAUAAAUUUACAAGAGCACGCACAAUCAUCGUCUAUUUAAGAUGCGGUGGUCCAGGGCGGAGUUUAGGGUGGCGAUGGUGGUGUUGAUAAGUUUAUUAUUGAUAGCCGUGGCGGAAGGCAAAAUAUCGAGCAAGAGCAAUAACAAGAACAAGAAUAAGAAUGCAUAUGCUACGAUGAUGUACAUGGGAACACCAAGAGACUACGAGUUUUAUGUCGCUACACGUGUCAUGAUGAGGUCCCUUGAUAAACUUAACGUUCAAGCUGAUCUUGUUGUCAUUGCCUCCAUUGAUGUUCCUCUUCGUUGGGUUCAUUCCAUGGAAGUAGAAGAUGGACUAAAAGUAGUAAGAGUAGAGAACAUACAUAAUCCAUACAUGUCAAGCAAUGAUCAUGACAGAUUCAAAUUAACCAUGAACAAAUUGUAUGCUUGGAAUCUAGUUGAGUAUGAAAGGGUGAUCAUGCUUGAUGCUGACAAUCUUUUCCUACAAAACACAGAUGAAUUGUUUCAAUGUGGUUCAUUUUGUGCAGCCUUCAUAAAUCCUUGCAUAUUCCACACUGGAUUGUUUGUGUUACAGCCAUCAGCAAAAGUGUUCAAAGAUAUGAUUCAUCAACUCGAAAUCGAAAGGCCAAAUGAAGAUAAAGCUGAUCAGGGUUUUAUUGGGGGAUACUUCUCUAACUUGCUUGAUAUGCCUAUGUUUUAUCCACCACUUAAUGAGUCUAAACUUGAUGGGCACUUUAGGCUUCCUUUGGGUUACCAAAUGGAUGCGUCUUAUUAUUACUUGAAACUUCGUUGGAAUGUACCCUGUGGACCGAACAGUGUAAUAACCUUCCCCGGAGCAGUAUGGAUGAAACCAUGGUAUUGGUGGUCGUGGCCAGUUCUUCCUUUAGGUUUCUCAUGGCAUGAACAACGUCGCAAAACUCUUGGGUAUGCUGCAGAGAUGCCCAUAGUGAUCCUUGAGGUGCUUGUAUACUUGGGAGUCAUAGCCAUUACUCGUUUAGCUCGACCAAACUUCUCGAAGCUUCGCUAUUGUCGUUUUGACAGCAAGAGUGUUAUAAUACAUAACACUAGUCUGAAAUUCUUGGCUAUGGUAUCCAUUAUAGCAGCUUAUGUUGUACCCUUCUUCGUAAUACCUAACACCAUUCAUCCCGUCAUAGGGUGGAGUCUUUACUUGUUAGGAUCAUUCUCCCUUUGUUCCAUCGCAAUCAACGCUUUCCUCCUGCCAGCGCUAGCUGUGCUGACACCGUGUCUUGGCACAUUUGGGGUGCUCCUAGUCAUGGCAGUUCCAUGGUAUAAGGAUGGAGUUGUGAGAGCAUUUGCUGUAUUUGCAUAUGCCUUUUGUGCUUCCCCUAUUUUAUUGGUUUCUUUCUGUAAGGUUAUGGCAACUCUACAAGUUUCUUUAGAAAGGGAAGCUUUCUUACCUAGCCGAUUGAGUGACUCCCCACCGCCUUCUGGGUUUAACAAGCUCUACUAAAGAUGCACUAUGCCAGUGAUUAAUUCGCUAGCUAAUUCACUUUUUGAAUUCGCUAUUCGCUAAAAUUUGCCCGAAAUAGCUCAAACUGACCAUAAUUUGCUUUUUUAAUUCGCAAUUCGCGAGAAGAUUAGUAAAGCAUGUGGCACUGCACUAAGCUUUAGUGUUGCAAAUUCAAGGGGUGGAGAAAGCUUUCAUGGAUUGGUAAAUGGAUCAUGUUUACGGGUCAAAUUUUUGUUUACCACUUCAACCAUGUUUGCAUUACGUUGAAGAGUUCUUGGAUAGAACAAAGCAUAAUAAAAUGAACUUGAAUAGAACAAAGCAUAAUAAAAUGAACUUUCUCUU